GUUUAUACUUUGUGCUGAAAUCGGUGUAGUAAGCAUGGUGUAUACGAAGACGAGUCACAUAUCAUUUUCGACGAGCCCGCUGGUUAUCACCAACAUUGAUGGCGAGAGUGGAUGUUAAGUUCAAAUCUUAAUUGAAGGUGAUUAUAGGAGUAACCAUUUGUUCGUGGACCGUUUGAGAAUCAGACACGAUUGUUUAAUGGAUGCACGCUAUGCUAGGGACAAGGCUACCUGCAUGUUUUGUUGACAGUCAAUUAUUGCAAUUAGGGGGACGGUUGUUUACCCCCAUUUAAUUACAAUGAUAAUUGUGGAUGGGGUGACAUGGUUUCUCCCCGGGUUUCUCUUGGACGAUAUUUGGUUUCUCACAUCCCCCCGCCUCCCUCUCUCUCUCUCCCUCUCUCCUGUUAGUUAGGUGAUCUAGGUGUGUGAACAUGUUCCUGUAAACGCAUUACAUUUUGUAUGGGCUAUACAUCAGCGACUGCAAAUCGAUUUAUCCAUGAUGACAUUCACGGAAGAAAAGAAGUACUUCCACCAAAAUGGAUUCCGAUUGAUUGAAUCGCAAUUAGAAUCUUCUAACAGAGUUUAGAAUCAUGAUGGCAUCGGACAAAUAGAUUAGAAAUCAUCGUUCAUUUCCACGUUGUCGAAAGAGGGGAACAGCCUACCUUAAUUUAUGCAGUUAAGCAACUAAGGUAACUUCGUGGAAGGUCUAAAAACAAACACGCUUCUAUAGUUCCAUGGUAUUUUUUUCAUUCACGUCAUCGUAAGAAAUGUCAACGUCCGCGGCAACAACCAUGACGACGACAUCGAGCUUCGAAGAGAAUGCUACCUGCAUAGGAUUCUUGAAUAAUAUGAUCACUCCAGAAGACUGCGAUUUUUUAACGACAGCCUCGAUGGUAUUUAUCAUCCUAAGCAUCAUCCUUCUCAUCUGGGGUCUGUUAAACAACAUCAUUCUCCUGAUCAUCAUCUUCACAAAUGGACGAAAGAUGAGGACGAUCCCGAACAUGUUCAUCGGUAACAUGGCGUUUCUAGGUAUCCUUUACCUUGUCAUUGUUAGCGGUGGUAAUCUCCCGCUAUUCGCCCAAAUGGCAUUUCAAGUUAGGAUCACCAAGGAUUCAUCCAUUCCAACAGGUUUCUUCUUUGUUCAAAUGUUUGUUGCUACAUCAUCCUUCACAAUAUUAGUUAUCCUAGGACUUGAUAGAUAUCUUGCCAUAGUACAUCCUCUGCGAUCAAGACCGUAUCGAACCAAGAAGAGAGCUGUCAUUGCUAACUGCUUUGUCUGGAUUAUUGCAGGGAUAUGUAUGAUUCCAUUAUUUAUUGGUGGUGGAGGCAGUCAAGAUAUCUUCCAGGUACACAGCAACCCAAGUACCAGGAGAGCGAUGAUGGUCUUCAUGAUAUUUGCCUUCUUGCUUCCGCUUGUCUUAUUUUUCUUGAUGUACCUAGCCAUCUUGAAAGUGAUUUUGCAUAACCCAUUAAACAUGCAACUACAUGGAGAAGAGCAAACACGACGGUGGAAGCAACGAAUUCAAAUCUUCAAGUCAAUAUCCCGUGUUGUCUUAACUUUUACGGUGCAUUAUGGGUACGCGUUUGGUAUAUUUCUCUGGCUCAUAAAUGGCGGACACACCAAAGUCAGCACUCGUUUGAGCAAUGUCUUGUUUUAUUCUGCCUUGUUGGUAACCUAUCUCAAUACAUGCAUAAAUCCUCUGGUAUACGCGCUUACUCUGGAAUCAUUUCGUCCAUUCGUCUUCAAGCUGCUCUGUCCGAAUUUUUGUAAUCUGCGGAGACCACAGAAGGGCGCCCUCAAUACGACCCAACAGGGUGACAACCCAGGGAUGUCAGUGGCGCACAGGACGGGACAGGACAAUGGGAUCAGUAUCACUAUCGAUUUAGUAUCAGCUGGAUCCAAUAGUGAUAGAAACCAGGAUGACAAUGACAUUUCAUCGAAUGGAAUUAUAAACCAAGGGUAUCAGGAGUACAGCAGAUCAGAUGGAGAAAAUUCUUCAGAGAAUGGCUCUGCAUGUCUGACGGAGGGAGAAGUCAUUAUUGUUACACCCACGUCCCAUGAAUAAGGUGGCCCUACUGUCCACACUCACUCCUGUUUGUCUAGCUGAAUGAAAUUUGGCUAAAUGUAUAUGCAGCCCUAAAUAAUCUACAGUCAUUCAUUUUUUCUUCAAAAAUAUACACAACAAAAAAAGUAAGUCCACCCUAAAUCGAAUUGCUGUAACUUUUAAACAGAAUUAUUUUGAGAUAUGACAUUUCGUAGGUGGUUUUCUACACUCAUUAAGCAACUCCUGGUGAUCGGUUGAGUCAUGCAUGAGUAAUUAAAGAUUGAAUUAAAAAUGACAAUUUUUUAAAGUCACAAGAGUAUUUUUUCAGAUUGUGCAAAUACAAAGUUGGGCAAAAGUUGAUUUUAGGUGAAUUUUAUGGUGUUAUGCUGUUUUACUAUAUCCAUCAUUUAGCCACUCCACACACAAUUUUGAUAUCGUAUGUUUAUGGUUGAGUGAGCACAAUGUAUUGCAGGGACCGCGGAAGCGGGGGGGGGGGGGAAGGGGGGGGGGGUUUGACAGAUAUCCAUAGUUACAAAUUGUAUUUUUCCAAUAACGUAAAAAAGAGCUAAUCACAUUCCACAUGUUCAUUCAAGCGUGAAUGUUUAAUUAAACGCCUUUGAAUCAUUGAAGCAUGUUAAUUGGUCAUGAAAAUAACGAAAAAGUUGAGGAAAGAUCAUUUUCAGUUACAAAAAUGAAACAUUACAUGCCUAUAGGCUAUGAUAUUUAAAAAUCGUAUUUUUUUGUUUCAAUAAAUGUUCAUUGAACCGUGAAACGAUGAAUAUUGUUGAAAAUACUCUUCCCAAAAAUAUUUGUCAUCAUAUUCUAUCAUUUUUAUUGAUUUGAAAUGUGUAAAAAAAUCCAAUUAUAUAGCAAAUUCGGACUUGUGUUUAUUCAACCGUGAAAUUUAGCCAAAAAUGCUGUAUCGUCUUUUAGAAAGUACCUUUUACAAGCCUUCUGACUAUUUUUCAUGAUGAGAAUGUGGAAUUAGUUCCAAUAAAAUGGAAUCAAAGUAAUGAUAUUUGGCUUGUGACUUUUGAAAAGUGACAUUUUUGCCUUUUGACGGUGCUCACUGAAGCAUGACGUAAAAUACGUCCAUAACAUUUACUCAGAGGAUAGCAACUAAAAUUACCUACACGCUCAUGUAAAAAUAUAUUAAAAACUCGCAUUGGUUCGGAAAUUAUUUAUGUUUGUUUAGGGGGGACUUACUUUUUUUGUUGUGAAUAUAUACUUAAAAGACUCGUCGGUAUAUAUAGGCAUCGCAAGCGGGAUGCUCCCCCUUCCCCAAAUAUAUAAGAGUAAGGAACAAGAAGACUUUUGCAGAUUAUAUGGUAUAUUACUUUUAAAGAUACCUUUUUUCGCCACAGAAUAUAAGCCCCCAACCCGCAGAAACUGCUGCCGCUGCACCUGUCGGUUGGGCAUCCGUCGGAUACUGACUUCACUCCAUCAUUGUCCAUGUGCAGUUAUUCAUGAUUUACCAUUGUAUAUUAAACCGUGAUGCAUAUCUGUGGUUGUCUAUAUGGAAUUUCCAAUUUGUCUUCGUAUUUGUAUUAAUCCAACAUGUUAUGUGCAAAUUUCAUUCAGAAUUGUACCUACAUGGAAUUGGAUGCCUUGAACAAUAUUUAGUUGGUUUGAGUGUUUAAUUGAAAUAAAGUAUUGAUUGCGGUUUCAUCAUAGACAUGAUAAGGUUACUUUGGAGUAUCGGAAACAUUGUUUGAUUAACGUUGUGUUACACACUUUCAAGUAUCAAAUCUUCAAUUUUUUAAUAAAGCACCAUUUCGAAACAAACUGCAACCAAUAUUCAAAUACAAGGGAAAUGCUCUCAAGUCGAUUUCCUCAUAUUUUGGUUGUUUUUCUUUUUUCUUUCUUUUCCAUAUUCAAUGAGAACAAGAGAAAAAAACAAGGAAAAGUUAUUAUUGAAAAUAAUGGCAAUGUUUUAUUACUUCAAAUGUGGAGAACAUGAUGGAAGAUUCAUUGUAUUUUACAAGUAUGUAAAAAUAUUUAAAACGAUCACGAUGCCAUUAGUUAUUUUGCAAUCAAAUUCGGAUGAUGGAAAAUAGUUAAACCUCGUAUUUUUGUCAUAGGUACUUUAAAACAUAAUGAUGUACUUUAUUUCACACUGACAACUAUUUAGACGUCACGCAGGAAUAAGGCCUACUCUUAAAUGAUCAAAUGAUAAAUUGAAAGAUUUGACAUUUAAAAAUAUAUAUUGUCAAUGUGUAAACAGUAACACAUCUUGUGGAUGACUUAAUUAAACAGAAAUUCAUGUUCUCAUCAACUGUGGUAAAAGGUCAUGCAGACCAGAUGAUGUCGAGUCAAUUCUUCACAUCUGAAAUUAUAUCUUCGAUAACCUGACAUGAUUACAGUACCAAAGUAAACAGAGCUUGAAAUGAAGGAGAUCGUCAUUGUGAAAGCUCAGAUGGAAAUAUUUACCUUGCUCAUAUUUCUGAGACGAGUGUGUUUAGAAAAACACUUUCGUUCAGUUAGAUAUUCACCAUUUUAUCUACUUGUGUAGUGAAAAAGGGAGAACAUCUAAGCCAAUAUGAAAAAAAGAUACCCUCAUGAAUACCAUAUACUUUUGUAGGCCUACAUUGCAGUAUGAUAUGGUGAAGUAUGAAGAUACUGUGUACCUGGAAGAUAUCUUGACUGCCUCCACCACCAAUAAAAGUACGAAAACGGGAAUAUCAGGACAUGAAACCAAUAUUUACUGGGUAUAAACCUAUUGGAAUUACAAAGGUAAAUAAUUCCAGCACCAUGACUAUAAAAUUAUCUUCCUUUUUUU